AUGUCUUCGGUCGAGAGGGCGACCACCAAAGUGGCUGGCUGGUACGUCCGGCAACCAUGCACUUGCUUUAUGGGAUGCUUGUUCGUGAUGAUCGCGCUUUCGGGUCUUUCCGCCGCCCUUGGGUACAUGAACCUGAUGACGAGGGAAGACACCUGGAUGAUCUUGGAUGGCGAGAUGACUCAGCAUUUCCGUGCUUUUCGAGCAGCGCGCGAUUCUGUAAGGGAGGAGUAUGACACUACCACCAACGAGGCCAAAGACACAGAAUCAGAAAGGCUGUUUUUCUUCUACAAGACCGAUGUGGAGGGCACGGGCACGCUGUUCACACCAGAUCGACUCCUGAGCAUUUGCGAGCUCGAAAAGACUAUGAUGGUCAACAAUUCCCUGGUGAAGGCUGUGGCUACCGCGGAUUCUGUUCUUAGCUUGUUCUAUGGAACCGCUGCAGAUCCAGCCAUGCAAUCCGUUCCAGCGGCACGCACUAUCAGCAGCUACGACUGGAGUUGCCAGAAGCUGUCGCAGAGCGAAGUGGACAACGUGGUGAACAUCAUGCACACAGACCUUGCGAGCAAGGGCCCUGCAUCACUGUAUGCUCGGUUUGUGGACCCUCACUUCCGCAACACGUCGCAGACAGCUUACUCGCGCACUUUCGCCGAGUUCGAGGUGGUUCCCAAGCAGCAUGAGAAGACCAUGAACCCGGCGUUUGAGCACUUAGGGCUGUCCUACGGCUUCCUUCGUUCUGCCUUCCAGGGUGAUGAAGACCGGUUUGUCCAGUCAGGUGACAUUCGAGUUCGUGUGACCUACACCGGGAUCAAUGAGAUUCAAAAGAUGGCCCUUCCUGAUUUUGGUCUCUCAUUCAUUUCGGUGGUCCUUGUCUUCGGCAUUUCGUGGCUCCACAUGAAGUCCAGUUUCAUGGCACUUGCGGCCAUGAUCAUGAUGAUUCUGACACUGCCAAUCGCAGCGCUCUUCUACCAAGGCGUCUUCCGGAUUGAGUACUUUGAGUUCCUGCACAUCUUGGUGGUGUACCUGGUUUUGGGCAUCGGUGCGGAUGACGUGUACGUAUUCAAAGACACCUUUUGCCAUGUCAAGAAGGCCGAGUUUCCAUUCGCCAAGCCUGGCCGACUGACAGAGGAGCAGGAGAUUCGCGUGUUGGCGCUAACGUUCCAGCGCGCUGGCACGGCUAUCUUCAACACCUCCUUCACCACCGCCCUGGCCUUCGCCUCUUGCUCUGUGUCCAAAGCAAUGCCGAUGAGGACCUGCGGCUGGUAUGCAGCAACAUGCAUAGUCACUUUGUACGUCUUGACCCUGGUUUACUACCCGUCUGCUGUCAUCUUGUGGCAUCGCCGAUUGCAGUCGAAGCGCUGCUGCUGCCCUAGCUUGGGCGAGCGCCCCAUGGCCAUCGUCCCAGAAGGAGCCACGAAAGAGAAGAAAGUGGACGACGAGGUGCCAGAGGAAUCCGGGGACUUAGUAGAGAAGUUCUUCGAACGUUUCUACAUCCCAGUCAUGUCAAAGCAAUUUGGCGGGGUCCGCAUCUACGCUUUGUUUCUUAUGCUCCUACUCCUGGGGGUAGCUAUUCAAGGAAUCGCCUUUGCAAUGCAGCUGACGCCUCCGCGUUCUGAAGAAGUCUGGUUUCCAGGAAACCACAUGCUUCUCAGCAUACAAGAUUUCAUGGCAGACAACUACUACACCCCGUCCUUCGACAACUAUGCUAUCGUAACAAUCUUCUUCGGCAUCGCUGGCUUGGACAAGACCGGCAUCCAGGUCUAUGAUCCAGGAGCGUUUACUGGCACUGCCAUCUACGACAAUUCCUUCGAUCUGACUUCUUCCGAGGCUCAGACCGCGUUGCUGGACAUCUGUGGAAAGGUCCAGAACAUCACAUGCGACUUGCAGGGCUGUGACAACUCCGGCUAUGACAAGAAAACCUUCUUGAUGCAAACCACGGAGAGGACCGAUGCCUGCUUCCUGAAAGACUUCCAGACUUGGCUGAACGGGCCGUUGCCAACUGGCACAAACUUCACAACUCAGCUCAAGACCUUCCGCGACACAGCCAACGUAGGUGACUACUACGGUGAUGUCUUGAGGAAGGAAGUGAACUUCAAGGAGGACAUUGGUUUCAUCAACGGUGAGCUGAAGUACGUCGCAAUCAAGUUCCGCAGCGUCAUGAAGAAGCGGCUGCCAUUCUCCAUAGGAACAGAAGUGCGAGACAUGCUCCGUGAGUGGACAAAUGGUCAAAGAGGACAGCUGCCCGGCAGCCUGCAGAGCAUGAAGUUCCACGGGAACGGAGAAUUUCAAAGGUAUGAUAUGGGAGAGGAGCUCAUCAACGGGUUGUUCUCUGGCAUUGCCAUUGCGAUGCCAAUCUCCUUUCUUGUUCUCCUCAGCUCGACGCAAAACGUCGUGGUUGCCAUCUAUGCCGUGUUAACCGUCGGCUCUAUCGUGCUUUGCGUUCUGGGCUUCUGCAAGAGUGCCAUGGACUGGGACUUGGGCAUAGGCGAAGCCAUUGCCGGUGUGAUUGUCAUCGGAUACUCCGUGGACUAUGUGGUGCACUUGGCUCAUAUGUAUUGUGAAGCGAAACAUUUCGGCCAUCAGACGCGCGAUGAGCGAGCGAAAUUCGCUAUUCGCAACAUGGGCUCAACCAUCUUUGCAGGCGCUCUGACAACGAUGCUCGCUGGUGCCACGAUGUUCAUUUGCUUUUUUUACUUCUUCAUCAAGAUGGCCUUGCUGAUAUGCGUCACCAUCAUGUACUCGUUCCUUUACUCCUUGGUCUUCUUCAUGGCAGUCCUGUGGCUGGCAGGACCGGAGUACAGCUUCGGCUAUUUGUGUUUGCCAAAGUGGUGCACGGGCGACUCGCACAAAGAGCACGAAGUGUCGAUUGUUAACAAAGACAUCCAGGAGACUAACGCUGAGGAAGUGGUGAACAAAGCGAAAGAAGACAGGUGGCACGAGAAUGGAGAAAUCAGUGAGCAGGAGCUGGAUGAAGGAACCCGCAGCAUUCAAGUGCCCUGA